GGUCACUGCAGUUGUCAGGAAUGUUUCGCCUCAGAGGCAAACGGCUUAGGGCUGUCUCAACUUGGAGACAGAAAAACCCACCUCCUACUCCUGGCUCAAACCGUUGCUUUCUUAUCUCCAGCUCACACCUUUAAGUCUUAUGUAGUUAAAGGACAUUUAUCCGCCUCCUUGGAGAACACAGCCCUCCAGUGUCUCCUGCAGCCUGGAGCCUGGGACAUUCUGGAAGCAUGGAAGGCGUGGACUUGCUAGGGUUUCUCAUCAUCACAUUAAACUGCAACGUGACCAUGGUGGGAAAGCUCUGGUUCGUCCUCACGAUGCUGCUGCGGAUGCUGGUGAUUGUCUUGGCGGGGCGACCCGUCUACCAGGACGAGCAGGAAAGGUUUGUCUGCAACACGCUGCAGCCGGGAUGCGCCAAUGUUUGCUACGACGUCUUCUCCCCCGUGUCUCACCUGCGGUUCUGGCUGAUCCAGGGCGUGUGCGUCCUCCUCCCCUCCGCCGUCUUCAGCGUCUAUGUCCUGCACCGAGGAGCCACGCUCGCCGCGCUGGGCCCCCGCCGCUGCCCCGACCCCCGGGACCCGGCCUCCAGGCAGAGACGCUGCCCGCGGCCAUGCGGGGAGCGCGGCGGCCUCCAGGUGCCCGACUUCUCGGCCGGCUACAUCAUCCACCUCCUCCUCCGGACCCUGCUGGAGGCAGCCUUCGGGGCCUUGCACUACUUUCUCUUUGGAUUCCUGGCCCCGAAGAAGUUCCCUUGCACGCGCCCUCCGUGCACGGGCGUGGUGGACUGCUACGUGUCGCGGCCCACAGAGAAGUCCCUGCUGAUGCUGUUCCUCUGGGCGGUCAGCGCGCUGUCUUUUCUGCUGGGCCUCGCCGACCUGGUCUGCAGCCUGCGGCGGCGGAUGCGCAGGAGGCCGGGACCCCCCACAAGCCCCUCCAUCCGGAAGCAGAGCGGAGCCUCAGGCCACGCGGAGGGACGCCGGACUGACGAGGAGGGUGGGCGGGAGGAAGAGGGGACACCGGCGCCCUGGGGUGCACGUGCUGGAGGGGAGGGGGCUGGCAGCCCCAGGCGUACAUCCAGGGUGUCAGGGCACACGAAGAUUCCGGAUGAGGAUGAGAGUGAGGUGACAUCCUCCGCCAGCGAAAAGCUGGGCAGACAGCCCCGGGGCAGGCCCCACCGAGAGGCCGCCCAGGACCCCAGGGGCUCAGGAUCCGAGGAGCAGCCCUCAGCAGCCCCCAGCCGCCUGGCCGCGCACCCUUCCUGCAGCAGCCUGCAGCCCCCUGACCCGCCUGCCAGCUCCGGUGGUGCUCCCCACCUGAGAGCCAGGAAGUCUGAGUGGGUGUGA